ACUCAUUCGUUAAGUUGACAUCGAACGUCGCAGAAUACAACAGAAAGUUGCCUAGACCAAAGAAGUCGUCGGCGGACAUAUCCGCAGUGCUACAAAUAGAAAGUGAAAAUUAUGAAAUAAUUUGUGCGAAAAUAUUUUGAAUACUUACAUAUAGACGAACAAAUAGCACUGCACACAUACAAACAUAGCCAUGGCUAAGGAGACUACCAAAAUGAUUUAUCCGGAUUUUAAAAUGGAACUUGAAGCAGCGGAACCUGUAGAAACGCGUCCCCGUUGGGGAAAUUUCUUUGCAAAUCACUGGAAAGGAUGUGUUGUGUUCCUAAUGCCCCUGCUCUGCCUUCCCAUAAUAUUUAUGAACAAUACUCCGGCAUACCGUUGCAUGUACGUAUUGUUGAUAAUGGCUGUAUUUUGGGUCACUGAAGCCCUGCCCCUCUACGUUACAUCAAUGAUACCAAUUGUUGCAUUUCCCACUAUGGGCAUCAUGGGCUCCGAAGAGACGUGCAUGACAUACUUUAAGGACACAUUGGUGAUGUUUAUGGGUGGCAUAAUGGUUGCCCUCGCAGUGGAAUAUAGUGGUCUACACAAGCGUCUGGCGCUGAGAGUGAUCCAAAUAGUGGGCUGCAGUCCCCGAAGAUUACACUUUGGCCUGAUUAUGGUGACAAUGUUUAUAUCCAUGUGGAUUUCAAAUGCGGCCUGCACAGCAAUGAUGAGCCCCAUUGUCCAGGCGGUACUUGAGGAACUGCAAUCUCAAGGUGUCUGUAAGAUAUAUCAUGAGCCCGAGUAUCAAAUGGUUGGUGGAAAGAACAAAAAAAAGAAUGAGGAUGAAUUGCCAUAUCCUACAAAGGUUACACAAUGCUAUUAUCUGGGUAUUGCCUAUGCAUCGUCUCUUGGUGGCUGUGGAACCAUAAUUGGCACUGCCACAAAUCUAACAUUCAAAGGCAUCUACGAUUCUGCGUUCCCUAAUGCCACCGAGAAAAUGGAUUUUGCGACAUUCAUGUUCUACUCGGUGCCCUCGAUGCUGGUCUAUACAGUACUCACAUAUGUUUUUCUGCAAUGGCAUUUCAUGGGUCUGUGGCGACCGAAGAGCAAGGAGGCCCAAGAGGUGCAAGUUGGCAAGGAUAACGCUCAUGUGGCCAAGAAAGUAAUUGAUCAACGCUACAAGGAGUUGGGUAAAAUGAGUAUACACGAAAUCCAAGUGAUGAUACUUUUCAUUAUUAUGGUUCUCAUGUACUUUACACGCAAACCGGGAAUAUUUACCGGUUGGGCGGACCUGCUGCCUUCAAAGGUUAUUAAGAACUCCAUGCCAACCAUAUUCGUGGUGAUCAUGUGCUUCAUGCUGCCCGCCAAUUAUGCAUUCCUGCGAUAUUGUACGCGACGUGGACCAGUGCCAACGGCGCCGACAUCAUCUCUAAUCACAUGGAAGUUCAUACAGACCAGAGUGCCGUGGGGUCUGGUGUUCCUGCUUGGCGGUGGCUUCGCCCUGGCCGCUGGCAGCAAACAGAGUGGAAUGGCCUCGUUGAUUGGCAGCUCGAUGAGUGGCCUGAAGGUGCUACCAAACGCAGCGCUAUUGUUGGUUGUCAUUCUGGUAGCUGUAUUUAUGACCGCCUUUAGCUCGAAUGUGGCUGUUGCCAAUAUUCUUGUGCCUGUGCUCAACGAGAUGUCGCUGGCAUUGAAGAUAAAUCCGCUGUACUUAGUUUUUCCUGCAGGUCUGGCCUGCAGUAUGGCCUUCCACUUGCCAGUGAGCACGCCGCCAAACGCUUUGGUCGCUGGAUAUGCCCACAUUCGCAGCAAGGACAUGGCGAUUGCGGGAAUUGGACCAACGAUUAUCACAAUAAUAACGCUGUUUAUUUUCUGCCAAACUUGGGCCAAGGUCAUUUAUCCUAGCUUGGACACGUUCCCAGAGUGGGCGCAGAUAGCCGCCGAGGAAGCAGCAAAUAAGACCCGCCAUUUGUCCGCGGUUGCUGCUAGCAAGACAAUUGAGUUUGCAGCAAAUGCCUCACGUCUACUUGCAAACAAUACCGAAUUGGUAAAUGAUUUGUCUACAGGCAGCUCGAAUCUAGUGAGCAACAUAUUGGCCAAUAUCACGGAGCCGUUAGCCCAGUUGGCUGCCAAUGGCACACACCCGCUGACUGAUCUGGCCUUCAAAAAUUAGUUUAUUAGAUGUCUAGUCUAAUAGUGAACACAACUCCCAUAAAUAUCGCCAAGGGAGAACUGUACAAAGAAGAAAGAGUGCCUUUGCUUAAAUGUUUAUAUGGUUCACAACACGGUUAAGCAUAAACAAAGCUGAAAACAAAAAAAAAAAAAAAAAAAAAAUACAAAUAGAAAACAAUCACACUGUUAAACGAAUUUAGAAAAACUCCAUAACGAAGCUUUAAGGAUUAAACUCUUAAACGGUAACAGAGUCUCUAUCAUUGUUAAUCGAGAACAAGCCGUAGAAAAUUCAAUAGCAACAAAGUUAACAAAUUAGGAAAUGGAGCGUCAUUGAAGCCGAUCGCAUUUACUAACAGCCUUUAAUAUACGUUUAUGUACUAUAUCCAUGUGUGCAUAUAGUUCUUGGAAAACUGAGCUUAUGUAUAUACAUAUGAUACUUAAUUGUUGCAUUUAGCAAAAAUCAAAUGUUAUAUAUAUUUAAUGUGAAAUUGCAUAUUGUAACAGUGAAAUGUAUUUUUUAUACUCUGUUUUUUAGCAACUAGACUGACCGAAAGUGGGAUUUAGCAAAUGCAAUUUUGUUCAAUUUAGACGAAAACUUAUGAAAACAAAAAUUACUCAAUAUUGAAUGCGAACUGAAUUGCGCACACAAAUAGCACUAGUUGUAAGUUUAAAUAAUAAUCUGUACAUUUUCAAAUGAGUUAUGUUUUAUAUAGUUAUACAAAUCAAAUAAAAAAUGAUGAAAAUGUAAAA